AUGUCUACAGUAACAUCUACAUCAGUAUCAUGUACUACUAAACAAAAACCUCGUCUUGAACUCCAAGGUUUUUCUAAUGGUAUUACAGGUGAACUUCGAAAGUUUAAUGAAGAUCUUUGGUAUCGUACAAUGAAUACACAGGAAACGCCUGAUUUAAUUAUAACACAUUGUUGUAUCGCAAUGUCGAACGAAGCAUUAGCUCGUUUACCAUCACGUGAUAAUAUUAAACGUCGCAUUAGAAUGUUACGUCAAGAUAAAAAGCUUCCAUCAGCCCCAAAUGAGCCUGAUUUUCCAAAUGUUCCAACAGCUUUAACCGUAACUUCUCGUGGUGAUAAAUUUUUACGUUGUGAUACUGGACCACGUAAUGCCACCAUACAAUUAUGUCUAAGAAUUUUUCAUUUCAUUAAUAGAAUUCUGAGUGAAGUAAAAGUAAAUAUUCCUAUGUUUAGGUUGUUCCUGAGAUUUUUUAUCAAUUAUAUGUUGUACAUGCCAUCGAUCUUGGGACAUGUUGUACCAGUUGUCUAUUCAUUACGAAGUCGUAAAAAUAGUGAUAUGUAUCAACGUCUUAUAAAUGAAAUAGUAGAAUUUGCUCCAUGCUGGUUUCCUGAUUCUAUUUUACUUGAUUUCGAAAAGGCAUGUAUUAAUGUAUAUGACAGUAGUUUUGUUAAUAUAUUAUUAUCUGGUUGUUAUUUCCAUUUUCGUCAAAAUCUUCAUCGACAACUUCAGACAUUAGGUUAUCAGAAUUGUUAUCAAGAAGAUGUUAAAUUUGCUCAUAAUAUUAAUAAAAUAGCUGAGUUAGCUUUUAUUCCACCUUGUGAUGUAUUACAUGCAUAUUCACGUCUUGCAUUAGAUCUUGAUGAUGAUUACCAAGAUAUUUUAAAUUAUUUUGAAGAUACAUAUAUUGGACGACUUCGCCCUAACAAUACACGAUGUCAACCAACAUUUAGUAUUGAAUUUUGGAAUAUGCAUACAAGGACAACACAAUUAUCCAUGCGUACAAAUAAUUCUGUAGAAGCAUGGCAUCGUCGUAUAGGAUGUGUAUUCAAUGCGCACAUCCUACGCAUUGGUCAUUUUUACAAAAAUUAA